AUGUACUUCGGAAAAAAAUCUGAGUUAAUUUAUUUUUUCACAAAUGCAGAAAUUAGAGCAGAAAUUGGAAAUUUCAUUUGGGAACAAGACACUACCAGCUGUGUGCUUGAAAAGGUUCAGCAUAAAGUAUCGACAGGGGUGAAAUGUAAGUCAAAUAAAAUGUCUUCCAAAUUGGAAAGGAAGCAACCAAAUGGACAAAAAGAUGGUUCUGAUAGUAAUAGUAGGAAUCAGAAACCACGGAAGAAAUUAGGUUCAGCAGAGAAACAGUCUUUUUAUCCUCUUCAGCACUAUCCAGUGAACAACAUGGUUUCAGGCUAUUCCUUUGUUGGAGGACUACAGAAGUAUUCAGGAGAAUUGCGUGACUUUAUUCCUGGCUGCUUUGGAUAUGAGGCUUAUCAUAUUCAAAGUGAAUUGAACAUCUCAUCUGGCAAAACUGGAGUUAAAAGAAAAGCAACCGAGAACUAGCUUAGCAUUAAUAUGUUAAGGGUCUUGUAAUGUUCUAGGUUGUUAUAUAAUACUAUUGCUAUUUUGAUGCAAAACUGAAAACUGACUGCAUCUGACAACUGUAAUAAACCUUAAGUUCAGAAGUG